UCAAGAAUCUCACUUUCGUGGAGCUGAACGAAGUCUGAAUGUGUGAUAGGAUAGCAUCCAUUGGAUCUUCCGUCAAACUUGGGAAGAUAACCUUUGUCCUGUCGCGUAUAUCGGAACAGAAGAAUCCGGACACCUGGACGAUUAACAUUUGAACGUGUAUUUAUACGCUUUUAUUUGAUGUGAAUGUUAGACUGAACAGACGAGUGUUAGCUGUUAACUAUGGCUAAUGCAGCGUUAGCAGUUACCGAGUGCCGUUAAUGUUAGCCAAGAUUCUGCCGACGUUGUACUCCUCAGCUUCAUAAGCUAACGUACAGCUAACGCGUGUAGGUUUUUAACGAUAACAACGUUUGUGAAACAAACUAGUUUUAGGUAGUGUCAAUAAUUGUUGACCUCUUGAUUUUAAAGGAACGUCAAAUCCAGUAACGUUAGCUUACUGUAAGCAACUACAGCUAGCUGGUUACCUAGCUAGCGAGGCUAGGUAGCGAGGGUUGCAGGCUAGCUAGCGAUAGCUAGCUCAAUGUGAACGGUUUCGUUAGUGUCAACUUAUUCUGUAAUGCGCCCCUGCCAUACUACCCAAUCGUUAUUUUAAACAGAUGUUCGUCUUGUAGACUGAUGUUUGUGUAGCGUAUAGUUGCUGUCGCUGUCUGUCUAAUUUGUCCUUUUAGAAAACUGAUUGCAACGUUACCGUAGUUGAACGGUAACUCAACGCUAGCUAACGUUUCUGUUAGAGAAAAACAGGAAAAUAAUAAUUGGCCUUGAGAUUGUGGCUUGUCAUUAGGGUUACAACACCCCUCAAACAUCACUGGACGGGACAUCGCUGUUCUUUUGUUUUAAUUUAACGUUACUCAACAAAUCUCGAGUACCCAAGCAGUCCCAGAGGAGCUGCGGGGUUGGAGCAUGUCAGGGCGACCCAGAACCACUUCCUUCGCAGAGAGCUGCAAGCCAGUGCCGCAGCCCUCAGCCUUCGGUAGCAUGAAAGUCAGCCGAGAUAAGGAUGGCAGUAAAGUGACCACAGUAGUGGCUACUCUGGGCCAGGUUCCGGACCGGCCUCAGGAGGUCAGCUACACAGACAUCAAGGUGAUCGGCAAUGGCUCCUUUGGCGUGGUGUAUCAGGCCAAGCUGUGCGAUUCUGGAGAGAUGGUGGCCAUCAAGAAGGUCUUGCAGGACAAGCGAUUCAAGAACCGUGAGCUGCAGAUCAUGCGGAAGCUGGACCACUGCAACAUUGUGCGUCUGCGCUACUACUUCUACUCAAAUGGAGACAAGAAGGACGAGGUGUAUCUGAACCUGGUGCUGGACUAUGUUCCGGAGACGGUGUACCGUGUCGCCCGACACUACAGUCGAGCCAAACAGAUGCUCCCCAUGAUCUACGUCAAGUUGUACAUGUACCAGCUGUUCCGCAGUCUGGCCUACAUCCACUCGUAUGGCAUCUGCCACCGCGACAUCAAGCCCCAGAACCUGCUGCUGGACCCCGAGACUGCUGUCCUCAAGCUCUGUGACUUUGGGAGUGCCAAGCAGCUGGUGCGCGGGGAGCCCAACGUGUCCUACAUCUGCUCACGCUACUACAGGGCGCCCGAGCUCAUCUUCGGAGCCACCGACUACACAUCCAGCAUAGACGUGUGGUCAGCAGGCUGUGUGCUGGCCGAGCUGCUGCUGGGGCAGCCCAUCUUCCCCGGGGACAGCGGCGUCGACCAGCUGGUGGAGAUCAUCAAGGUUCUAGGCACCCCCAGCAGGGAGCAGAUCCGUGAGAUGAACCCCAACUACACAGAGUUCAAGUUCCCCCAGAUCAAAGCACACCCCUGGACUAAGGUGUUCCGGCCCCGCACCUCUCCGGAGGCGAUCGCUCUGUGCUCGCGGCUCCUGGAGUACCCGCCGUCCUCCCGCUUCUCCCCGCUGGAGGCGUGCGCCCACUCCUUCUUCGACGAGCUGCGCGAGCCCAACACUAAGCUGCCCAACGGGCGCGACCGACCCGCUCUCUUCAACUUCACCACUCAGGAGUUGUCCGGUAAUCCAUCUCUGGCGUCCAUCUUGAUCCCUGCCCACGCUCGCACCCCUGCUGGCUCCAGCCCCUCUGGAUCAACUAACGCAGACUCCAGUGGUGAGCAUGGCCAAACCACCGCUGCCUCUUCCUCCAACCCUGCGUCCUGAGUAGCAGGGCCGUUCCGCCCACCCCCACGAGCAGGCCAAUCCCGCGCUGCUCUCUGACCACUCUCGUGGUCCCGCAGCCACAGCUGGGUUGCCCUCUUUCAAAUCAAAACAAGCAAAAAAAAGAAGAACUCAAGGAACAUAGAAGAGCCAUCAUAAUGUCGACCCCCCCCCCCCAUCCCUACCCCUCCAACACACACACACACACACACACACACACACACACACACACACACACACACACACACACACACACACUCUUUCUCUCCCAGCUCCCAGCGAUGUGUUUUUACUGCUGUUAUUCCAGUCAUUUUUGUUAUUGUUGUCAUUGCUGUUGUUGUCAUUAUUUAUUUGUACAAAAGGACAUCAGUGCUAUGUGGAAGCUGCUCUUCUCUCCAGAUCUCAAUGGAGGAUUUGACUGUCAGAAUAGUGGAAAGCAUGACUCGUUCAACUGGACACUGCUAACGUGAAGAACGUGAUCAUAGCUUUUGUUCACUCUGACAAACUGAUGUCUGCUUAUUUUACUCUGAGAAUGCAAGCUGGAUGUAAGACCAGCUUUCAUUGCCUACUGACAGUGGACAGUGCCGUAGUAGAGGACCUCAAGGUCGCCAUCUAGUGGCCGAAGGCCCCGCAUCCAUCCUCCUCACACCUACUCUCCAAAAGUCUCCUUUGUACGUUAGGCACUUGAUGCCCGUCACCUCUCUGCUCCAGAGGGAACAAGACUGUAACCGGAAAAACAUACUGACCUCCAGCCUCCGUUGGAGAGAGCGCUGGUUGGUGGAUCCUUGAAAAUGGGUGCUGGAAGUGGAGUGUUACUUCAUUUGUAUGUGUUGUGUUUUUUUUUUUUUUUUCCUAAACCACUUUAGCAGUCUUCCUGCAGUCCACUCCCUUCAGGUCAUUGAAACACAUCAGCCUACACAUGUUUAACAUUUUCACCAAACUGAAUUGUGUGUGUGUGCGUGUGUGUGUGACUGUCUGCACCUGUGUAUGUGUGCCUGUCUGUCUGUGUUCUUGUGCAAGUCUGCAUGCGUUGCCCAUGAGCUAUUAGCAAGCAGACCCCUUUUAGUGAGAGAAAAGAAUAAUGAAGACAAAUCAGGGCAAAAAAAAAAAAAAAAAAAAGUGUAGAUAUCCCAACACGUCACCACCCGUCACUGCAUAUUAUGGUUGCAUUGGCCACAGCACCACAUGAGUUUGGAGUGCCUUUAACACACACACACACACACACAACUACACACGCUCAAGCACACAUUCUUUUUGUUUUUUCGUUUGGCGUGUAGGUGUGUGAACUGUAUGUCAGUGCUCCGAGAUGUCUAGGUGAGAUGCUGGUGGUUGUACCGUCGCUGUCCUGUUACUGUGGAAUUGCAUAGUGUCACGCCAUCAGCUGUCCCCUUUGGGGCACGUUAAAACAGUUGUAGGUCAAUGGCCAUCCGUAGUUUAAAUCUGCGCAUAAGCAUCGUCACGAGCUGGACCUUCAUAGUCGCUGAGGAACAGUGAUGUAAUGGCUGUAGAAGUCAAAGCUUUAAGUGUCAAAGGGUUGCAUGUCUCAAAUGGAGGUGCCCUUUGGGUCGCGCCAGUGUGUCCCGGGUGCGCUUGCAAUUUCAUCAGAAGUGUAUGCAAGGUAUGCUUUCGGUAGUAUUGGCACCCAUCCCUCUGUUCCUGGUUGGUUAUCCCUAACCAUGAAGUGAGACCUUUCAGUUCUCUGCUCAGCACAAUGCAGAAGCUGAAUCACCUUCUUCAAACGACAGGAUGAGGUGACCGCAUUGAAAAGCAGCAGGACCAUUUGCAGCUUAAAAGAAAACUGUUCUCUCCAUACUUGAAUUGUUUUUUUUUUUGUUUGUUGUUUUUUUUCGUUUUUGGAUAGGGCUGUAUGCUUCCUCAGUUAACCUCUGACAUCCAUGUAAAUACAUCCUGGUUCUGCUUUCAUGUGUCACUUGAUUCAGAGCAGUAGGUUUAUGGUACUGCAUUCAAUAAAGUGUAGGAUAGCUUGGAAACACUA